AUGAGCACUCACGAAACAGCAGAGACCCACUAUGUCACCAUCCAGGGUGUCAAAAUCGCGUAUCACCGUGUGGGAAGGGACAGUGGCAUUCCUCUUGUCAUGCCAAUGCAUUUUCGUGGAAACAUGGAUUUCUGGGAUCCAGCACUUAUCAACGCACUCGCGGAAAGUCGACCCAUCAUUCUCCUCGACAAUGCGGGAAUUGGGAAGAGCGAGGGAGAGAUAGCAUUGGAACUUCAAGGAUGGGCAAGCAUUGUUGUAGGAUUGUUGGAUGCUCUCAAAAUUGGGAGGAUUGAUCUCCUCGGUUUCAGUAUGGGCGGAGGAGCAGCUCAACAUGUAGCUCUAUCGGCGCCACUACUGGUCUGUAAACUGAUUUUAGCUGCGAUUCGCACAAGCCUCACUCCCAAUACCGUCAUCGGUCCUAGGGAUAUCUUUCUCAAGCUCGCCAACUGGGAAGAUUUCAAAGCCGCGAUCGCAGUCUCGUUUUUCAAUCCAAGCCCUCAUGGCCAACUGGAAGCGCAAAGAUCCUGGGAUCGAAUCAUGGCUCGCAAAGAGAAUCGGGCACCUCCCGUCAGCGUGGAAAUGGGCAAGCGUCAGAUUGAAGCCUUUUCCAAAUUCAGCAUUUCGCACCCUUUCAACCCGUAUGAACGUAUACGAGAACUCAACAUGCCCGUUCUUGUGGCUAAUGGCGACAAUGACCUUCUCAUUCCGACUGUGAAUAGCAUUGAGCUUGCCCAGAUCUUGCCCAACGCACAGCUUCACAUUUAUCCCAAUUCGGGGCACGGGUUUUUAUACCAAUACGCGGAGGAGUUUGCGAAGCUGAUUGCCAUUUUUCUUGAUAGCGAAGAACGUUCGUGGGAUGAGGGAUUUGGAGCUGGGAAUUCGAAGGCCCAACUGGCGUAG